CGGCAUCAGCUGCUCCUGCCUGCAGAGAGAAUCCUGUCCAGUCAUUGUGAGGAUCUGCUUCAGCUGCUCCGGGAAUCGAACCCUUCGGAACCGCACAGUUCGGCCCAAACAUAACAUGAAGGAGACGGGGGGCAAGCGGAGAGAGAAGGCGGGUGGCCGGGACAAGUCCAGCAAGGAGCCGAAAGAACCGAAGGACGCGAAGACCGCGGCGGCCCCGGAGCCCCAGGACGUGGAGAUGCCGGAGGAAGAGGCUGCUAACGCGGCUAAGCAGCCCAAAGAGCAGGACAGCCUGACGCUGGAGGACAUCAAGGAGCAUGUGAAGCAGAUUGAGAAGGCCAUUUCAGGGAAGGAGCCGCGCUUCGUCCUGCGCGCCCUGCGGGCGCUGCCGUCCACCAGCCGCCGUCUCAACACCAACGUCCUCCACAAAGCUCUCACCGGCUUCUUUACCAGCAACGCCGCCACCAGAGACUUCCUGCUGAGCUUCCUGGAGGAGCCCAUGGAGACGGCGGAAGGAGACAUCCAGUUCCGGCCGAGGACGGGGAAAGCGGCGUCGGCUCCUCUGCUCCCGGAGGUGGAGGCGUAUCUGCAGCUGCUGCUGGUGAUCCACCUGACCAACAGCAAGAGAUACACUGAGGCCCAGAAGGUCUCUGACGAGCUGAUGCAGAAGGUGAGCUCCAAGAACCGCAGAGCUCUGGACCUGGUCGUAGCGAAAUGUUAUUACUACCACGCUCGAGUGUACGAGUUCCUGAACCAGCUGGACACCAUCCGCAGCUUCCUGCACACCCGGCUGCGCACGGCGACGCUACGCCACGAUGCCGACGGUCAGGCGGUGCUGCUCAACCUGCUGCUGAGGAACUACCUGCACUUCAACCUGUACGACCAAGCAGAGAAGCUGGUGUCCAAGUCCGUGUUCCCUGAACUCGCCAACAACAACGAGUGGGCCAGAUACCUCUACUACACAGGUCGGAUCAAAGCCAUCCAGCUGGAAUACACGGAGGCCCGCCGGACUCUGACCAACGCUCUGAGGAAGGCUCCGCAGCACACCGCCGUGGGCUUCAAGCAGACCGUUCAUAAGCUGCUAAUCGUGGUGGAGCUGCUCCUCGGAGAGAUUCCCGACCGGCUGCAGUUCAGGCAGCCGUCGCUCAAACGCUCCCUGAUGCCGUACUUCCUGCUGACUCAGGCGGUGAGGACGGGGAACCUGGCCAAGUUCAAUCAGGUCCUGGAGCAGUUCGGAGAAAAGUUCCAGACUGACGGGACGUACACGCUCAUCAUCCGCCUGCGACACAACGUCAUCAAGACCGGUGUGCGGAUGAUCAGCCUGUCCUACUCCCGGAUCUAUCUGUUCGACAUCGCUCAGAAGCUGCAGCUCGACAGCCCCGAGGAUGCAGAGUUCAUCGUCGCCAAGGCGAUCCGUGACGGCGUGAUCGAGGCCAGCAUCAACCACGAGAAGGGCUUCGUCCAAUCGAAGGAGACGAUGGACAUCUAUGGAACCAGAGAGCCUCAGCUGGCGUUCCACCAGCGGAUCUCCUUCUGCCUGGACAUCCACAACAUGUCUGUGAAGGCCAUGAGGUUUCCUCCUAAAGCGUACAACAAGGACCUGGAAUCAGCAGAGGAGCGUCGGGAACGGGAGCAGCAGGAUCUGGAGUUCGCCAAAGAAAUGGCCGAAGACGACGACGACAGCUUCCCAUGAGCCUCUCCUCUGGCUUCCUGUUCCAGCAGGAAGUAGUGUGUUAACAGACGACGUAUUACCCACAAUGCUCCCUGUUUCUCCCGUUUCCUGUGUUGCAGCUUUGAACUCUGCUGCUGUUUCUUGUUUUCUGAAACAAAUAAAUCCUGUUUUUUGUUUACUG